AUGGCGGUUGGUACAACUUCAGCAGCAAUGUCAAUGCUCUCGAAAGGAAAGCAAAAAAUUGAUGUGAUGAUAAUCAAUAUCCAUCCAACCAACAUGAUUUCCUUUAAUCUCUUAACUCAAGCUAUGGCAUUGGAUGUGAUUUCAGUAGUAAAGAAGGCUUUGGACGAGGGAGCUCAUCUUUACCUUCAAAAGCCAUUUAAUGUAGAAAUUAUGAAAUACUUGUGGCAACUUGUAUUGAGGGAGAAAAAACAAAGAGCGAAAUUGGCAAAAGAAUCAGAAAAAAAUAGAGAUCAUAAGAAUGUUGAUGAUACUGAUGAAAUUAAUGUUGUUCGAGAAAAUGAAGAACAACCCAGAGAGAAGAAAAUUGUUGCUAAUGCCGAGGAACAGAAAUAUAAUAUUGAUGAAGUUGAAAAUGAUGAUUGCAGAGAAUGGACAAAUGAUCUUCAUUCCAAAUUCAUGAAAGCUGUACAAGAACUUGGUGAAGGAAGAUGUUACCCUAAGGAGAUUCUUGAGGUGAUGAUACAUGAUGUGCCAGAUCUUACCCAGAUGCAAGUUGCUAGCCAUUUACAGAAAUGUCGUCGCAAUGAUUGGAGAGCUCCACAAAAGAGAAAACAUAUUCGUCAGUCAUCAAGUCAAGGAUCCUCAAAUGAUUCUAAGCAAAAAACCCAAAAUUAUGCUGGUGAUGGGAUACAACAACAUGGAGCAUUAUUUGAAAUGUUGGGUUCACAAGGACUACAAGAUCCAAUUAUUGAAAACACUAAUUAUAGUCCAGCCCUGGAGUUUGAUAGUGAGAAUCAUCAUAAUCAUAAUAUAAGUGAUUUUAGUUUUGAUCUCAAUGUGGCCCAUGGAGAAACAUAUUCAAAUUGUGGGACAUUUGGUACAGAAAUCAGAAAUGCGACAAUUAAUAAGUAUAGCUUGAAUGUAAAUGCAGACAAGGUUUCUGAUAGUUAUGUUGGAAGUGCGACUUUCAAUGAACUGGGAGUAGCAAAUACAAAUUUUCAGCAAUAUAUUGGUGAACCAAACAUGUCUAAUCCAAGCAGUAUUAUUGGGGCAUCAUAUGUGAAUUAA